CGUUCAUUCGAUAUAAUCGCAACGCCACCUCGUUCCUCUCCGGCGAUGGCGAAACCCCCGCCGUCCGCGGCGGCGUCGGCCGCCGGCGUCCGGGGCCAGGGCCCCCACCGGACUCGACUCCUCCUCCUCCUCCUUGUCGCCGUGGCUGCCUCCGCUUCCACCGCGGGUUAUCUCCUCCGCGGCGCCCUGGUCCCCCCAUGCGAUGCCCAAAGGGAUCCUGUCGUCCUCGCCGCCCCCGCGAGCCCCCUUGGUUUCAUGAGGUCCAAGAUCGUGCUGCUUGUCUCCCACGAACUCUCCCUCUCCGGUGGGCCGUUAUUACUGAUGGAGUUGGCAUUUCUUCUGCGGCAGGUUGGUUCACAAGUGGUGUGGAUAACAAAUCAGCAACCAGAAGGGACAAACGAUGCUUCAUAUAGCUUGGAGCAUAAGAUGUUGAACCAUGGAGUGCAGAUUUUACCUGCUAGGGGACAGGAGGCAAUUGACACUGCUCUUAAAGCUGACCUGGUUAUCUUGAACACCGCUGUUGCUGGCAAGUGGCUUGAUGCUGUUCUAAAAGACCAUGUUCCUCAAGUUCUUCCUAAGAUUUUGUGGUGGAUCCAUGAAAUGCGAGGACAUUACUUUAAGCUUGAAUAUGUGAAACAUCUUCCUCUGGUCGCUGGAGCCAUGAUCGAUUCUCAUACAACAGCUGAAUAUUGGAAGACCAGGACUCAUGACCGCCUGAAUAUACAGAUGCCACAAACUUAUGUUGUUCACCUCGGGAAUAGUGAAGAGCUAAUGGAAGUUGCUGAAGAUAAUGUUGCAAGAAGAGUCCUACGUGAACAUAUACGCGAGUCCCUUGGAGUAAGGAGUGAAGAUCUCAUAUUUGCAGUAAUAAACAGUGUUUCACGAGGAAAAGGACAGGAUUUAUUUCUUCAAGCAUUUUAUCAGAGUCUAAAACUUAUCCAACAUCAGAAGUUAAAAGUGCCCAAAAUGCACGCUGUAGUUGUGGGAAGUGAUAUGAACGCUCAGACGAAGUUUGAGACACAAUUACGUGAAUUUGUGGCAAAGAAUGGGAUUCAUGACCAUGUUCACUUCGUAAACAGGACGUUGGUAGUGCCUCCUUAUUUGGCUGCAAUUGAUGUGCUUGUUCAGAACUCUCAGGCCCGUGGAGAAUGCUUUGGAAGGAUAACGAUCGAAGCAAUGGCGUUCAAGUUGCCAGUGUUGGGCACCGCUGCAGGAGGGACCACAGAAAUUAUCUUGGAUGGUACAACUGGCCUUCUGCACCCUGCUGGAAAGGAAGGCGUCAUGCCUCUCGCAAAGAACAUUGUCAGGCUCGCGAGCCACGUCGAACAGAGGAUCUCCAUGGGGAACAGGGGCUACGCCAGGGUGAAGGAGAGGUUCAUGGAACACCACAUGGCCGACCGGAUCGCGGUGGUGUUGAAGGAGGUUCUGCAGAAAUCGCGGCAGCAUUCUCAUUCUUGAGCUUCGCCGCUGCAAGUGUCCAGUCGCAUUGUUGAUUUCUUGCGCUAACAUGUAGAUCUAGGAUUCACAAAGGCGAACUUGGGACCAACUGUAGAUUGCUACUCUGCUCCAUUGCCAUCUGUUGUCUGUUGUUGUGAUUCUCGCUUUCCUUUGCUUUACUUGGCUGGUAGGAUCGGCACCAUGGAAAUAUGCACGUAAAUGACAUUAUGGCAGCCUGCGGGGCCUGUGGCUGUUCUCUGGUUUGAUGAGGUUUA